CCAAGUGGUAAGAAGUUCAGAAGCAAGCCUCAGUUGGCAAGAUACCUGGGGAACACUGUUGAUCUCAGCAGUUUUGACUUCAGAACGGGAAAGAUGAUGCCCAGUAAAUUGCAGAAGAACAAACAGAGACUAAGGAAUGAUUCUCUCAAUCAAAAUAAGGGAAAACCAGACUUAAAUACAACUCUACCGAUCAGACAAACUGCAUCAAUUUUCAAACAACCGGUCACCAAAGUUACAAACCAUCCUAGUAACAAAGUACGAUCUGAUCCGCAGCGAGUGACGGAGCAGCCACGACAGCUUUUCUGGGAGAAGAGGCUACAAGGCCUCAGCGCAUCGGAUGUCAGUGAGCAAAUCAUAAAAUCCAUGGAGCUGCCUAAAGGUCUUCAAGGAGUUGGCCCGGGUAACAACGACGAUACCCUGUUAUCAGCUGUCGCUAGUGCUUUGCACACCAGUACGGCACCCAUCACGGGGCAGCUCUCUGCUGCUGUUGAGAAGAACCCGGCCGUCUGGCUCAAUACAUCUCAACCCCUCUGCAAAGCUUUCAUUGUCACGGAUGAUGACAUUAGAAAACAAGAAGAGCGAGUGCAGCAAGUGCGUAAAAAGCUGGAGGAAGCACUAAUGGCGGACAUUCUGUCACGGGCAGCUGAUACAACAAAAGAUAUAGACGUAGAAAUGGACAAUGGAGAUGAAGCGUAA